GCCCUCGCAAUGAGGAAGCGUUUCAAGCUCAGAUUCAGACGUCUUCAGCUGAAUCAAGAGUUUGUGUCGAAGCAGAAGAUCUUUAAUACAAAAGACGCUGCGUGUUUGCAAAUAUGCACCGAUUGGAAAUCUGCUUUAUCAAGUGACACGUCUCCCACCGAGUGAACCAACAUGGGUACUGGUUUGGCUAUUGCACUGGUUUUUGUCGGUUGCUGCAGCAAUGUGGUGUCUCUGGAGCUGCUCGUAAGACAGUUUCCAGGAUGCGGCAACAUCGUCACCUUCGCUCAAUUUUUAUUCAUCGCAUUAGAAGGUUUGAUCUUCGAAAGUAACUUUGGGAGGAAGAAACCAGCGAUCCCGAUCAGAAACUAUGUGAUCAUGGUGACCAUGUUCUUCACAGUCAGUGUGAUCAACAACUACGCUCUCAACUUCAACAUCGCCAUGCCGUUACACAUGAUCUUCAGAUCGGGAUCUCUAAUUGCGAACAUGAUUCUGGGAAUAGUCAUCCUGAAGAAAAGGUAUUCAGCGAGUAAAUAUCUGUCCAUCGCUUUAGUUUCAGCUGGCAUCUUCAUCUGCACCAUCAUGUCUGCCAAACAAGUGAAUGUGGCCAAUGAGGGAUCAGAAGAGCAAAACGUUUAUGCCUUCAUGCGCUGGCUUAUAGGAAUCGGCAUGCUGACCUUCGCUCUGCUGAUGUCUGCGAGGAUGGGCAUCUUCCAGGAGACGCUGUACAAGCAGUACGGAAAACACUCCAAGGAAGCUCUCUUCUACAACCACUUCCUGCCUCUGCCGGGCUUCCUGCUCCUUUCCACGGACAUCUACAACCACUGCGUGUACUUCAGUCAGAGCACUCCUACAGUUGUUCCUGUGGUUGGACUCAAUGUGCCAUUAAUGUGGCUCUACCUGCUGAUCAACGUCAUCACACAGUAUGUGUGCAUUCGCGGCGUUUUCAUUCUGACCACCGAGUGCGCCUCGCUGACCGUCACUCUGGUGGUGACCCUGAGAAAGUUCCUCAGCCUCAUCUUCUCCAUCCUGUACUUCCAAAACCCCUUCACUGAGUGGCACUGGGUGGGCACAGGGGUGGUCUUCCUGGGCACUCUGCUGUACACGGAGGUGUGGAGCAGCAUGCGGGCGGCUCUGCGUGGACCUGAGGUCAAGGAGAAGAAGGCAGAUUAAAGACGAAGAAGAGGAGGAGGAAGAGGAAAGGACUGGUGGUCGACUAGAACACCGUCUCUGUUGGACUUAGAGAUUGUUAUUGUUCGACUAUCCUGCAGUGAUUUUAUACAGUUAUGUCAUUCAGUUUAAGCCAUUGUAAAUCCCUCUUUCACUUACGCAGUUCACAAGAUGAGGCUGGUGACCUUCUAUAUUUUCUUUGCGUUAGUCUUUAUUUAAGACAGCAGACCGACAGUCCGCUGGUCGACAUAGUGGAACAUUUAGCAGAGUUGGUUGAGACCAAACACAGAGUUGAAAGAGAGUGGAUAUUCAACUUACAUUCAUCAGGUGGGUAUGAGACUCCAAAUUAAUUAUAAUUAUAUAAACACUUGAAAAAGAGAAUUUACUCAGAAAUGCUGCAAUACUCUCAAUUUUGAAUUUCGCACCUUUUUAAAGUAAAUGUAAUGUUGUUGGCCUUUGUGUUGUUGUUUCUGAUCUUCUAUAAAUCAAAUGAGAUCAGCAGAUCAAUCAAUAAUGAAAAUAAUUGUUAGUUGCAACCUUACUGUAGUGCCCCCAGGAGGCCCAAAAAUGCAGCUCUAAAAACUUGUCUUGUCAUUGUUUUGUUUGAAAGGUUAAAUAAUUGAAUAACAGCUGUAGCUGUAGUUUCUAGCAAAAGUUACUCAAACAGGAAUAAAUAGUGCAUUUGUUUGGGACUAUUUUCAGCCGUGGAUGAAUACACAAUCGAUGCACUAAUGAGUAUAUCCAGCACCAGGACGGUGUUUAUAAUUGACAACAAAUAAACUGCAGUGCCCAAGUUUAUUAUAAUGAGGGCACAUGUUGUGAAUUUUUGGAAAUCGAUGGAGCUCUACAGCACGAGGAACAAGUUAUAUGAGGCGUUGGCUCCUUGUUAAAAUAGAAAACUGGAAUCAUUUAGAAAUGUGAAAUAUAAAAUAUCACCAACCCUAUUUUUUCACUUUAGUACCUCAUUAGCUUUCACAGAUGCAAAGUCAUGAUGCAAAUUCCUUUUUUUGGGACAUUAUUGUAAUAUGUAUUUUCAUUAAUGUUCAUCAUUAGGAUUACAAUGAACUCUAAUGUGAAGCUGAAGAGACAAAAUACUGUUGUAUUACUUAAAUGUUUAUUACUAUAAAUGUUUAAGGAGCUGAAUCAGUAUUUUUUUGGAAACAAAUAUACAGAGGGAUAAUUUAUGGCGA